CUACCUUUAUGACAAUUUAAACAUAUUUAAGGAAGUGAGAGUGAGAGUGAGUAAGGAGGUGAGAGCUUAGAAACUUAAUAAUGGCUAAGAAAAAGUUGACGAAAAAGGAGAAACAAAGGCUUGCUGAAGCAGAAGCAAAACGGAAAGCGGCAGAGGAAGAGGCAGAACGUCUGAGAUUACAGAAAGAGGAGAAAGAACGAUUGAAAAGAGAAGCUAAAGAAGCCAAAGAGAGGGCCGAAAGAGAAGUUGCUGAACACCACAUACGUUUUGAACACCUGGGAAAUUCUUGUAAGCUGUUUGAGGAGUACCAACAGACCAAGCUUCUACAAGACAUUGCACUUAGAGAGGCAGAGGAAUGGAAGCUGUACCUAGAAUGUAACGGAUUACCCAAUCCAGCCAACCUAGCUGAGAUGAACACAUAUCUAUUCUUAUGGAAACUAGAUAAAAAGACAAAUUUCAUUGAUGACAAUCUGCCGAAAACGCAAGAAGUUUUAAACUUACUCAGUGUGAUUGACACAUUGAUCGAUAACCCUCUUAACAACAAGCAAAAACAAGUUGAAAACUGGAAAGAAGUGCGGAACAACUUUCGAGAGGAGUUACAAGAGAGACUGGACAAUUCAUCUUUCCACAUUCUGAGACAACUAGAGACAAAUAUGAAUCCAGUUGAUUUGGAGACAAUGACGUACCUGAAGGAAUGCCCAUUUUUGAUCCUUUGUAUGUGGACAGUGUUGAAAAUUCCUCGUGCUUUCAAUGAUUCUCGACCACCACCUUUCAUAGAGUUUCCCCAACUCGGUGUGACCAUUCAACUACCACCCAAGUUUACCCAUAGUUUCCCAGUGGUGCGAGCACUCUGGCUCAAACAUGACCACUUCUCUGACUUGUGUCGCACAUGGGAGGCCAAACCUCUUCCAGCGGAAUAUUCAAAAAACCUCAACGAUCUGAAAAAUGCAGAGUGGGAAGAAAAGCAACGGAUACAAAAUGAGCAGGACGCAGAGGAAGCAGCAAGAUUGGAGAAGUUGAAGAAGAAAAGUAAGAAGAAACACUAUCAACCACCGCCAGAAGUGACUGAAGCAGCUACACAAAUAGAUAACAUGUCUCUUGGUGAGAACAAAAUAGCUGAGACUACUUCUUCAUCAGACAUGCUACAGGCAAACAGUUCAACUGGGAUAGCACCAACCUCCAGUUCCACAUCAGCUUCAGGAAAACUGGAAGAAUCUGCUGAAAUUCCUUUGGAAAAACCUCCUGAACCUCGCAAGAAACCUUCUGAGAUAAUGGAGGAAAAGGAAUUAAGCAAGAUCAGCGAACUGAGAAAGUAUUUAGAGGUACAAUUGGAGCCUGGGGAAUUAAACAUGCGAAGAUACACUGUGUUGGGAGGAGUGUUCCAUCUGGAUCUCUUAGAGCAGCCUCCCCAGCCGAAAAUACUACCUGACAGAACUUUGUUGACGAUUUUAGAAGGUGAACACAAACUUCAACACAUAGACUAUUACGAGGAGUACCACGUCACGCUUCCAGACAAGGAGAACACAGGUGAUGAAACCGACGCUGAAACCAAAGCUGCAUUGGAGAGUGCUCAACUGAAACUAGUCGCUAUCAAUAUUUCCCUACCUGAAUCUGUCUUGUGGUUUGAGCCACCCACCGCUGUCCAGUGGAAUCGGCACAAGAAGAUUUGGUCCACCGCAAACAUUCACGAUCCCAAGUUUAACGAGGAAAAGCAAAUUCUGACGAUAAAAACAGGCCUGAUGGCUCCGGUGGGACUUGCUACAUUUCGUUUUGUAAAUCUUCCCUACCAGACCUGGGAACUCCGUCCGGACUGGAAAGGUCCUCCAGGGGGAGUGUUUUUAAGUAUCACUGCUGCGACUGUCAUCGUAGAGUUCAUCAUCAGAGCGAACCAAGUGUGUAUGAACCAGCUCCAGAACGCCACAAGUACUGCGCUGCAAGACAUAGUGGGGAUUUUCUACCCUCCUCAUCAGCUGAUAAGGAAGAUGCGUCAGGGAGGGAUAGACUUAUUCCCUGAACAUGACGCGUAUUUGUAUGUGGAAGGUGUUACUCAGAAACAUUACACAGCGGAAAACCAUCUCUAUCACUGCAUGGCUCUUUUCAGCACCACUUAUAACUUCUCAUGGUCAAGAUGGAACCUGCUUGCUGGGCGGAACAAUAUGGUUAUGCAGGUGCGAGAAUUCAUUGAUCGAAAGCGGUUACCAAACUAUCAGAUGCUUCAAGUAACCCCACUUCGAGCCUGCAUCGUAGACUGUACUGAGGUUAGUCAGGCGUUCUCCCAAUUGGGAGUGGAAGGGAUGAAGUUCUACCCUGACUUGUACAUGCUGGUCAACGAACACGCGUCUUCAAUCUCCCGGGAGAAGAUAGAUAACAUCGACCUGGCAUUGGUGGAAACUGUCUACCAAAUACUAUUCAGCUCAAGGGUACUUAGUUACUCCUAGAGUAAUAUCAACGGCCAAAAAAUAAGUUUUCAACAAGUAUCCACUUUUGUAUUCAACGUUACACCACAGAUAAAUGG